AGCGGCUCCCUGGGCCGCCGGGCCACCAGUGGGAGAGCCAGAGAGCCAGAGAGCCGGUAGGCGGCCGGUCGGACUGGACGCACUGCCGCUGCCGUCCCUGCACCCCCCUCGGACUAGCUGCGCCCCCCGCACCCGGAGCAAGACCUCCAACCCCGGAGCGCAGCCAGGACCUGCUGCUGAACCACCUCCUGAUUUCACUUUGUGAUGGAGUUACAAAAGCCUCCCGAUGGUGGAUGGGGCUGGGUGAUUGUCUUGGCCUCCUUCUUUACACAGUUUCUCUGUUAUGGGUCCCCAGCAUCUGUUGGAGUCUUAUACAUCCCAUGGCUGGAGAUUUUCCGUGAAGGAAAAGGAAAGACAGCCUGGGUUGGAUCCCUUGCCAAUGGAAUUGGUUUGAUUGCAAGUCCCAUCUGUAGCAUUUGUGUUUCAUCCUUUGGUGCGAGAGCUGUGACCAUCUUCAGCGCCUUCUUGGUAGCGGGGGGCCUCAUGCUCAGCGGCUUUGCCCCAAACCUCUACUUCCUGUUUUUUUCCUAUGGAACAAUUGUUGGCAUUGGGUGUGGUUUAUUAUACACUGCAGCAGUGACCAUCACAUGCCAGUAUUUUGAUAAACGCCGAGGUCUUGCACUUGGCCUGAUUUCAACAGGUUCAAGUGUUGGACUUUUUAUAUAUGCUGCACUUCAGAGAGAACUGAUUGAACUGUAUGGAUUAGAUGGGUGUUUGCUCAUUGUGGGUGCCUUGGGGCUAAAUAUAUUACCCUGUGGCAUUUUGAUGAGACCCCUUCCGCCUGCUAAGUCGCCUCCGCCAGAAAAAGCACCCGUCGAAAGUGUUUCAGCCAAAUACUCCAUAUACAAUGAGAAAGAAAAGACCCUGGAGGACAAUGUUAACAUUUUUGAAAAAGGCUACAGUGAAGAGAAAUUUGUGAGACCUUUGGCCAUUAGUGACUCCAAACCCGAGAGUUCAUUCCAUGAGAAGGAGUUAGCCACUGUGCAGACAAAAGAAACUGAUGCUUACAAACAGAAAGUCGUGGAACAGAAGUAUUUUUGCAAACAGCUGGCUAAGAGAAAAUGGCAGCUAUUUCAGAACUACUGGAAAGAGACAGGCGAGUUAUUCAAGAACAGAGUCUUCACUGCACUUUUCAUCGCCAUCUUUCUUCUUGAUGUUGGGGGCUUUCCGCCUCUGCUGCUAAUAGAAGAUGUUGCCAGAACUGCGAAUGUGAAGGAGGAAGAAUUUAUCGUGCCCCUGGUUUCAAUCAUUGGCAUUUUGACAGCUGUUGGAAAGUUGAUCUUAGGAGUGGUGGCUGAUUUCAAGUUUAUCAACACUGUAUAUCUCUACACGGCCACCUUGGUGUUGAUGAGCGGGACCUUGUUUGCUAUUCCCUUUGCCAAAAGUUAUAUCUCAUUUGCAAUACUUUCUGGACUGAUAGGGUUUUUAACUGGCAAUUGGUCCAUCUUUCCAUAUGUGACUACCAAGACUGUGGGAAUUGAGAAAUUGACCCAUGCCUAUGGGAUUUUAAUGUUCUUUGCAGGACUUGGAAAUAGCGUGGGACCGCCCAUUGUUGGUUCAUUUUAUGACUGGAAACAGAACUACGACCUCGCAUUCUACUUUAGCGGAUUUUGUGUCCUGGUCGGCGGGUUGGUUCUGCUGCUCGCUGCCUUGCCUUGGGAGAACAUGUGUCACAGAGACAGCGCCGAGCCAGUCCCAAAGCGUUCUGUGUACCAAGCUGCAUCUCAAGCAUAGCGGAGCACUGGGAUGCCUCUUAUCACCACCUUCUGCUCUCUCUCUAGCAAAGUCCUCAAGAGAUUUUGCAAAUGGCUCAAGUAGUCAAGACCCUUUUUUGAUUAGACCAAUCUCCCAGUGGCUGGCUCUUACCAGCCAUCACCUUCCUUCUCCCCCAACCUCAUUUGGCUGUAUUUCUGGUUGCCCAUUAAGUGGGGUCUCCUUUGCUACUGCUUCCCCAAGGUCUUGAAAUGGUAGCAAACUUGGAUGGCAUGAGGAGAUACCUCUCUGCAUCGAGGAGUGACAUUUCCCUGCCCACUUUGGCAAACCCACAAUGAGAUACCCAGUAGGGAAGUCUUCUGCAUUUCAAACUGUGAAGCAGCCAGUCUAAUGUGAUGCGCACAGAUGCCAUGGGGAUCUUCUGGAUCCCUUCUUCUCUUGGUAAUGUAAGCUGAUUAACUGCUCUAAGUUUUGUUUUAAAAACUGAUCAAGAGAAGCAACCCAAAUUCACCAGGGAAUGAAAAUUUUUCUGGAAAGGGGCAUUCAAAAUGGCAGCUGAGCCAGAUGACAGUCCCUGUUGGGAUACUGUGAUACCGUCUUAUUUUUUGUUUCCUAAGUGUCAAGUUCAUUCAGCAUCCCACUGAGCACAUAUACAGCACAGUUCCCUGGCCUCAAGGAGUUUGCAGAGGGGCAGGUGAGCUCCCAGCAUGCUGCUGUCACUGACACCUGGUCUACAUUGUUUGCUAAACAAAAUAUUACCCACUCUUAUUAAGUGGCACCCACUCAACAGAUGUUCUGCCAAGGAAGGGGCCAGGUGGGAGGGUGGCAUUUCUCUUUCUAUGUUUCCAAAUUGGAAAUCUGGAUUUUGAUCAUUCCAUUAGUGCAAAUGGGAGCCUUCCAUUGAAUUUGAACACAGCCCAGUUGCACAUUUGCACAUCUGCCAGAUGAAGUGAUUGCUGCUACAGAUGUGCCCAUUUUUUCCAUAACUGUUUACAAAGCUUGUCUUCAGACUGGAGGGGAACCAUGGGUAUUGGGGGUGAGGACAUUGGUUAGGUGGGGAGGAGGAAUGAGAAAUUAGUGCUUUGGCCCAGCUAGUCCUAGGAAACCCAUCUUAGAAAGAAAAAGAGGCAUUUAACAAGUCCACAUUGCUCUAAGGUAUUUCUAGUGGGGAAAAAUCAUUCUCUUGAUGUUCAAAAAAGAGAAAGAAACCACUGAGGCAUUGAAGAGGUUUCAAAGAGCCACAGAUGGCUUCUUAAAUGGGGAUUACCCCCUCCCUAGUGCCAAAAUUCUUUCCUAAUUGUUUUGGAAGAAUAUGAUAUGAAAUUUUAUUUUGUAUUUCUCCGUUGUCUUCCUUCUGAGGCAUCUAAAGCACUUUACAAUCAUGAAUUGCCUCAAAAUGUCCCAGGGAGAGAAAUAGCUGACCCUUCUGUAGAUGGGGAAAACCCAGAAAUGGAGAGAUCUGGGCACCCCUACAGGGUGCUAAUGGCUCUGGAUAGAACUUUUGGACUCCCCUCCCAUAGUCUGCAGGAAUUUCUGUACCUUGCCCCAGGGUCCCCAUGAGGUGUUGGCUGAUAAGGACAGUUAUAAAGAAAGAAACAAAAACUCACCAGUGGGUUUUGUGUGUGAAGCAUCUUUUUUUUCCCCCAUGGUGUUCAGGAUGCUCAUGUCUAGAAUGAACAUAAAUGACAAGCUUGUUUACCUCAUAUUAUAUGGACAUAUUUGACAUGAGGGGAUUGUCAGGGUGUCUUUUUUGCCCUAUGUGUCUGUUAAUUUUUACUCUGUUCUUGUUUUUUUUCUCACUGUCUAGGAAAUGCAU